GCAGGUUUCAGUGUAGAGAGAGACGUGGUGAGGGGAGGACGUGCCGCUCCGCUCGGGUAGGGUCUGACUGGAUUACUUUGCUGCAGUGUGUAGAAAUGCCGCCAGAGGUCUAGGGAGUGCUGAGCGGUGCUGCUGCGGGAGCCAUGAGGGUGCUGAGGCCAGUGGCGGUGGUGGUGGUAUAUCUGGCCACCGCUGCGGGGUUUAAGUAUACAAUUAACGAACUUACCAACACUCGCUUCCUUCACAAAAUCUCUCAUGAUAUUUACCUCGAUCCGUGUAAGGCAGAUGGCUUUAUUAGCGACAUAGCCCUCCCAGUAGAAGCGUAUGAAAGAGAAUUAGCAGCCCAGCGAGCGGCGGGGGGCAUAGGCCUACCAGUUACCCCCUCCCCCCUCGCCACCAAUACCACCACACACGGCCCCCACACCCCCGCGCGCGACCCCCAAAGGCAGCGGCGGAAACACAUCGCCGAGAGGAGAAAGAAGAGAAGAAGAGAAAAGAAGCACAAGAAGAGAGCAAGAGGAGGAAGAGGAAGAGGAAAAGGAGGAAGAGGAGGAGGGGGAAGAGGAAGAGGAAGAGGAAGGCUCCGUGCGGGUGUGGGCGUGGCUGGGAGGAAUGCGGUACGGAGGGCGCGGGCAAGAGGAAGCCUGGAGAAGAGGAAGAGGUUGAAAGCACGAGCGAGAAGAGCAGCCACAGCGAGGAAGGAGCGCGUGUGGGACUUCGGAGUGAUUCCCUACAUGAUUGACUCCAACUUCACCGGGGCGGACAAGGGCCUCUUCAAGCGAGCCAUGCGUCACUGGGAGAAGUUUACGUGCAUUCGCUUUGUAGAGAAGACAGAUGAACACCCUAAUUACAUCGUCUUCACCCAGCGCGAGUGUGGCUGCUGUUCCUUCGUGGGCAAGCGGGGGAACGGUCCACAGGCGCUGAGUAUAGGCAAGAACUGCGACAAGUUUGGCAUUGUGGUGCACGAGUUGGGUCACGUGGUGGGCUUCUGGCACGAACACACCAGGCCGGACCGGGACAACCACGUGGUCAUCAUCCGGGAGAACAUACAGGCAGGCCAAGACUACAAUUUCAACAAACUGACAGCAGAAGAAGUGAACUCUCUUGGUCUUCGAUAUGAUUUUAACUCCAUCAUGCACUACGCCCGCGCCACCUUCGCCAUGUCUACGUACCUAGAUACGAUUCGGCCCCGGCCAGAACCGAAUCAGGCCGAGUUGCCGGAAAUUGGACAGCGGAUUAGGCUAUCUGAGGGAGACAUCGCCCAGACCAACCUCCUCUACAAGUGUCCAAAGUGCGGCAGGACAUACCAGGAGACCAGUGCAGUGUUCUCCUCCCCUUCGUAUGUGAACUCCGCGCCGCCACCCGGGGGAGAGAAAUGCGAGUGGCACAUCACGGCGACCCACGGGGAGCGCAUCGUCUUGAACAUCACCACCAUGGACAUCUUCAGUAGUGACGGGUGUGCCACGGAUUACCUCGAGGUGCGCGAUGGCUACUGGCACAAGAGUCCUUCCCUCGGUCGGUUCUGCGGGGGUCUGCGGCUGCCCAAGAGAAUAGUGAACGGGAGUCGCAUGCUGGUAUCCUACGUCACUUCUGUCAACCAGAAUGGACACAGAGGCUUCACUGCUGGCUAUGAAGCGGUGUGCGGGGGUGAGCUGACGAUGGAGCAGGGCCACUUGGAGAGUCCUAACUACCCUGACGACUACGGGUCCAACAAGGAGUGUGUGUGGCGCAUUACAGUGCCAGAAGGUCACCAGGUGGCACUGCGCUUCCACUCCUUCGAGAUUGAGGAACACGACGACUGUGUGUACGAUUACCUGGACAUCCGCGACGGGCAUGAGGAGAACUCGACCCUGAUCGGCGUGUUCUGUGGCUACAAGACCCCUAGCGACAUCAAGUCCGCCUCCAACAAAAUGCGCAUCAAAUUUGUCACGGAUGGCUCGGUGCAGAAAGCUGGGUUCUCCGCCACCUUUCUCAAGGAGUAUGACGAGUGUUCCAGCGCAGACCACGGGUGUGAGCAGGAGUGUGUGAACCAGCUGGGUGGUUACGAGUGUCGCUGUAAGAUUGGCUUUGAACUUCACUCAGAUGGCAAGAGGUGUGAGGGUGAGUCUGGCGGGGUGUUGGGAUCACCCAACGGCACCAUUAAUAGCCCGUCCUUCCCCGAUUUCUAUCCGGUGAACAAGAACUGCAUUUGGGAGAUCAUUGCACCUCCCCAGUACAGAAUCACUCUUAACUUCACCCACUUCGACCUGGAGGGAAAUAAUCAAGAUUGUGAGUAUGACAGCGUGGACAUUCGCAGCAAGCUUGGGGUGACGGAGAUGAGGAAGCAUGGGGUGUUCUGUGGCCAGUCUCUCCCCAACCUCAUUACCUCCGAGGGAAACAGUCUGCGCAUCGAGUUCAAUUCAGACAACUCCGUGCAGAAGAGCGGGUUUGCGGCCGUUUUCUUUACAGACAAGGACGAGUGUGCCAUCGACAACGGAGGGUGCCAACACGUCUGCAAAAACACCAUUGGCUCCUACGUGUGUUCCUGCUCCAAUGGGUUCACACUGCAUGAAAACGCCCAUGACUGCAAGGAAGGGGGAUGCAAACACGAGAUUAUUGCGCCGGUUGGGGAGAUCUUCAGUCCGAACUAUCCCGACUACUAUCCAUCCAGGAAGGAGUGUGUCUGGCUCUUCACCACCACACCAGGGCAUCGGAUUAAAUUGGUGUUUGAUGAGUUUGAGAUGGAGCCCCACCAGGAAUGCACCUACGACCACAUAGCUCUCUACGACGGCACCACCUCCGAGUCGGGCUUCCUCGGGCGGUACUGUGGGGCCAAGGUGCCGCAUCCCAUCGUGGCGUACAACAACCAGAUGUUCAUGGUGUUCAAAUCAGACUCCUCUGUCCAGCGCAAAGGGUUCAGGGCAAGGCAUACUACUGUGUGUGGUGGGGGGCUGAAGGCGACCAGUAGAGUGAAGCAUAUGUACUCUCACGCUAAGUAUGGCGACCAAAACUAUGACAACAAGGAGGACUGCGACUGGAUCAUACAGGUGAACCCCGGGGAGAAUGUUCACCUCACCUUCCUCACCUUCGAGCUGGAGGAUGAGCAUGACUGUGGCUACGACUAUGUGGAGGUCUUCAGCGGAUACAGCGACUCUGGGCCCUCCUACGGGAAAUUCUGUGGGAAUACGAUCCCACAAGAAAUCGUCUCCAUCAACGACGCGCUGUUGGUUCGUUUCCGCACAGACGACACCAUUAACACCAAGGGCUUCUCGGCUGCCUACGUGGCCAUCCCUGAGGAGACCACCACAGAGAACACCACCUCCAACAAUAACUUCAGCUACAGUUACAGCUUUUCCCGGGGAUACUAGUGGGGUGACGGGGUGAUGGGGUGGUCUAUGGGGAGUGUUAAGGCAGCUGCUGUUUGUGUGUGGCUGGUAUGUUAACCUCUCCUUUACUUUUUUCCCUCUUCUUAUUUUUCUUUCUUGUUUCCUUUCCUCCUUUUGUUUUUGUUUUUUCUCUUUGUUUCCUCUUCCUGUUUUUCCUUCUUUUUCCCUUUCCUUCUCCUUUUCUUGCUUUUUUCUUUCUCUUUUCCUUUUUCCCUCUUCUUCCUUUUCUUCUUUCUUUCCCUUUCCUCUUCUUCCUGCCCUUUUCUUUUUCUCUCACUACUCUUCCUUACUCUUUCUCUUUCCCUUCCUUCUUUUUUUUUCUUUCUCUCAUCUUUCUUCCUCCUCAUUUUUUCUCUUCCCUCUGUUUUUCCUCACUUUUUUUCUCUUCCUUCCUCUUAUUCUUCCUUCUCUUUCUUCCUCCUCAUUUGUUCUCUCCCUUUACUCUUUUCUUUUCUCUUUCCUUCCUUCUCUCCUCCUCCUCUUCUCUUUUUUCUCUAUUCCUCAUCCUUCUCUCUCUCUUUCUCUCUUCUCUUACUCUUUCAAGCCUUCUAUUGUAUGUUUCUCUCCAUCACUCCUCCCUUCCUUCUUUCUUUAAUUCAAUAUAUCUGUCUGUCUGUCUGUCUCUCUUCCUUUAUCAAUCUUUCUCUGUCUCCCUGUCUCUCUUUCUGCAAAUGUAUCAACUUUUCUCUCUGUCUAUCUUUUUCUCUUUUGUCUCUCUUCCUUUAUGCAAAUUUAUCAACCCUUCUCUACUGUCUCCUUUUUCUUUCUUUCCUUUUUGCAAAUCUCUCAAUCCUUGUCUCUGUCUCUUUCUCUAUGCAAAUCUAUCAAUAUUCUCUUUCUUUCUCUUUCCUUACCUAAAGUUAUCGAUCCUCUUGUCUCCAAUCUUGUCUCUUUUUCUUUCCCUUUCUCUAUGCAAUCUAUCAAUCUUGUCUAUUUUUCUCUCUCUUUUUCUCUAAAUUUAUUGAUCCCUUUUUCUCUGUUUUCCCAUGCAGUCUUUCUCUGUCUCUUUUUCUCUCUCUUUCUCUAUGCAAAUCUAUCAAUCUUCUCUUUUUCUCUCUCCUUUCAUAAAUUUAUCAAUCCUGUUCCUCGUUUUCCCUUCGUUUCCCUAUGCAGUUUUUCUCUCUGUCUCUCUCUCUUUCCCGUUUGGUGUGCAUAGUGUGUAGAUAAAACCAAACCAUUCAUAGUAGGUUGCCACAUGUACAAUAACACCACCCGUUUUACUUGAGUUGACCAUUUUAUCAUUGACAUUUUCUAUUUCCCCAUAACACAGUAAGUACAUGGCUGUGUUUCCACUCUUAGUCACAGAUCCAUCCUGCAUUUGUAAGCCAAGAGGGGAGAGAGAGAGUGGCCUGCAGUACCUCAAAUGAAGUACUUAUAUUUACAGGGGUGAAGCACCAUGGGGCAAGGCUGGUAGGGAUUGGGGAGGGAAUGGGCUGGCAGGGGCUAGGAUCGAGGGAAGUGGGGUUUAGUUCAUUGGUGUGUGGUUUAGCUGUGUGUGUAGUGGUGUUGGUGGUGUUUGCGGUGUUUGCAGUGAAGGGUAAUGUCGCUUUCUUCCCCCAAAGUGGUGUAUUUUAAGGCCAGAUUUGGUUGGUGGUGACGUGUGUGUGUUAGCGUUAGGUGAAGUUUGUAUUCUGCCAGUUAGUGUGUGCGUGUGUGCGUUUGUGUGAGCUUGUUGGUGUUGUGGUGUGUGUGGUGUUGACUGUGGAAUGUUCAAGUUUGUGGUGAAGCUUUGUAAGUCACAGAAGAGAUUUGGUGAAGGGAAUGUCUUAUGGAAUGUUCACAAUUCAUUACAUUUUGACUCGAGUGAAAUGAGAAGCUUGACUAACAAAUAAACUGUGAAUCUGAGCAGGACGAAGCUUAACGCAACAGUCCAAGCUUAGAACCCCACCAUGUCCAGUCAGGCAGGGGUGUGUGACAUAGACUGGCAGGGGAAGGGUUACUGAGAAUGGUGCCAUGUCUGAGGAACCCUUGACUAGACAUAAGAAAACAAGGGAAGCAGCAGAUUGAUGGACCCUUACCCCUUAGUGAGUGUGAGGCCAAGUUAAGAGUGUGGUGUGAGUGUGUGUCCGAGUGAGAGGAGAGUUGUAGUAGUCGAGCAAGUGUGAGAGUGUAAAUAGCAUGUUAACUAACCACUAGGAAGGUGCAACACUUAGAACACUGGAUAGAUACUAAGAGGUUAACUAAAGUGUGUUAAGUGAUCUAAUGAGUUUGGUUCUUUUUGUUAGAGAGAGUAUUUGUAUUGUAAACAAGGUCCAGACACAAGGUUGCCCAUGGACACGCACACACUGGCCACAGAAAGGCUAGGCUGAGGAAGAGACAGACACACACUGGAUGAUGGGGGUUAACCAAAUGAAAAGUGUGUGUGUGUGUGUGUGUGUGUGUGUGUGUGUGUGUGUGUGUGUGUGUGUGUGUGUGUGUGUGUGACUACCUGCCACCACACACGCUCAGAUCAUGAAAAGACAUUGAAGAAAAGCUGUAGAUUAAGAAAAAUGCUACAAAUCUUUAAAGGCAAACACUAAGACAUCAGCCAGCCACCCUUCAGAAGACAAGUAAUGAGGCCAACACAAAGCACUGCCUGACUUGCUGCCCACCUGGUGCUUGGCUCUGCUCAGCGGCCACACUCUGAGACACCUCCACGCCACACACCAGCUGCUUUCCAGAGAUGCUAGUUGAAGUGAUGCAGGCUUUCAAGGGUGUCUUUAUGGUUCCAGUGACAGAUUAACAAGACCUCUAUGUCAUUAACAGGAGAAACACUCUUUUAAAAUCCUCUGGUUAAAGUGAUGGGUUUUUAAGAGCAUUUUUAUGGUUCUAGUGACAGAUUAAGAGGAGAAACAUUCUUUUAGAACCUCUAGUUGCAGUGUUGUGGCUUUCAAAAACACUUUCAUGGUUCUAGUGAAAGAUUAACGAGAUUUCAUAUUAUUAACAGGAGAAACACUCUUUGAGAACCCAGCUAAUCAUAUCUGUGGCCUUGGAAGGCACAGUGAAGACUCAAUACUCAAACGUAUCUUAAGUCAAGCUUUUCGAUACUCAAACACAAAAGUUUGACUUGGUACACGAAAAAAUAUCUGGUAAUUGAAUGUCCGCACACAUGGUUGUAAACAAAAGCUCCUGUGGUGGAACCCACAAAACGUGUGUAGUGCGUCGGUAAUGACAAAGCCUUAGUGAAGGAACAGGUGUAAUGGCAACAUGGCAGUAGGUGAGUGGCCAUGGUUUAUGGCAAUGUUUAUUCUGUAGCAGCUGUUACUAAAAUAGCAGGAAGGUCACAAAUAUUAUGGUGAGUGUAGCCACUGGCCUUGCGUCUCGCCUGGUGCGGGUAAAUUUGCUGUCUUCUUAACAUUUAUUUUCACUGUUCCAUGCAAGAUUUCAUUAUGUGCAUCACAAAAUCAUGUUUCUUGUGUGGUAAAGCUUGGAUGACGCUAAAAAUCAUGUAAAUACUGAUGUGCACAAAAUAACCUAAGAGACGGCAAGCAAUGCCUUUACUACACCCGGGGCGGUGAUGUUGCUAGCAGCGUGUGUAGUAAGGAAACAACGCUCAGUGCAUUCAUGGAUACCAUUUUCUGUCUGGGUUAUGCUUGCACGUCAGUAGCAAGUCGUUACAGUCUUGUGGAUAUCACCCCAGGCCUCUCCCUCCCCACCGCCAUGGUGGUGAGCACAACAACAUUCUCCUGCGUUCUAGCUUUAGUUUUUCAUUUAGAAACUUACCAAAGAGGCUUAUUGGUGGUGAUAAUAAGCCUACAAGGAAGGAUGUAGUGACGACCACUGAACGGAAAAAGGAGAUUAUUCAUAAAACAAAGUAGCAACAAUCACCAAACUUGCAGCUGAACAUUGUAUGGCAAAAUCUACAGCCAGUACAGUACAGUACAAUACAGCAAUAUUAAAAAAAAAUUACAUUGAAAUUUUUGUAAACUUAAGCUUUGCUAAGGUUUGAAUGAAUUACCUGAUAUAUAGGUGUCUGUUGUCCAACUUUUUGAUACUCCAACACUCAUUUGGAACCAAUUAAGUUUGAGUAUUGAGCCUCCACUGAAGUCAUGGUGAGAGAGCAGAGCAUUUCAGAGUGUGGGCGAGGCAUUACCAUCACUGAGGAGGCAGGCUGGCUGGUGGGCUGGCUGGCUGUACAGUUGCAAGCCUUCACAGAGCAAUAGACACAAGGGAGGAGCAGUACCUUAGCUUCCCUGGAGGACCCUGACGUGCUGGUGUGCCCUGGCAUGUCCUAAGGGCCUGGUGGGGUUGGCAGGGUCUUGCUAGCCACUCCCAAUUCUAGUCUGUGGAUUUAGAGAGGCAUGAGAGAGGCAUUACUGGGCAUUAUAAUACACUGCAACACACACACAUAUACACACACACACACACACACAGUCAUACAUACACACAGGUGAACACAGCUGUAGUAGUGAGGGUGUUGUGUGGUGUGUGUGGUGUGUCAAGGCAGCAGUGAAGAGUGAAUGGGGAGUUGGUGUAUUGUUGGGUGUACUGUAAGGAAAUUAAUAACACUGCUACUGUAUGUAUGUAAAAAUAGUCAUAUUAAUAAAAUAUGUACUUGCUAAUUCAACUAUGUAAUGUUAAGAGGUUGGAAGGAAGGAAGGAAGGAAAGAAAGAAAAUGUCACACAGCAAACCAAAGGAAGGAAAGAAGGAAAAACAAGACGAGAAGAGGAAGAAAACAGAAGCAGAAGGAAGGAAAUGAAGCAAAGCAAGAUAAAGGAAAAGAAGGAAAAGGAAAAGACAAUAAGAGGAAGAAAAUGGAAAAAAAGGAACCAAAACAAGAUAUAAGAAAAUAGGAAGGAAGGAAAAACAAGACAAGAGGAAGAAAGAUGGAAAAUAAAGUAGACAAGAGGAAGAGGAAGAAAGUAUAAAGGGAAGAGGGAAGGAAGGCGUGUGUGGGGCCAUGAGCAGCACAGCCUGGCCUCCCUUCAGCCCUCAGCACCACAAGUCAGUCCUCAGCCCCAGCCAGAGACACCACCAGUCAGCCCACAGUCCCAGUCCCAUGGCAGCCCUCACAGUCACUCCCAUGUGCCAAAUAACACGCAUAAACAGUCUCACCAAGUCCCAUAUAUAUGUGUGUGUGUGUGUGUGUGUGUGUGUGUGUGUGUGUGUGUUCCAAGUUGUAUGGUCACUCAACACAACUCAAAGCACUCAAGGAUUCAUUCGUUUAUACUCAACUUGUUUUGUGUGGUUGUCAUGUCACUUAUACCAGCAGGUGUGUGUGUGUGUGUGUGUGUGUGUGUGUGUGUGUGUGUGUGUGUGUGUGUGUGUGUGUGUGUGUGUGUGUGUGUCCUGGAUGGCCAUAUGCUAUGGAACAUAUGUCAGUGUUGACACUUUCCACUUCUCUGCAAUAAGUGACACAAACAACAAGUAUAAACGCUGGGUGCCAGAGUGCCCAGGUGCCGGGACACCCAGCCACUGGCCUUCUGUUGGUGCCAGAGUGUGUGUGUGUGUGUGUGUGUGUGUGUGUGUGUGUGUGUGUGUGUGUGUGUGCCAGCCGUCUGUAAAUAACACUGCUGUAUUUUAACCUUAAACUCUAAGAACUGUAGGAAGCGUGAGGGCCAGCGAGGGUGUUGCUGUGUGUCGGCAGGGUGCAGGGCAGUGCCAGGGGGCUGGGGCCAGAACAGGCACCCUGGGGCACACGCUAGAUUCCGGGGUGCCUGCCUGCCACCCCAGCAGGGCCCGGCAGGGUGCCGCAGGGAGGGAAGAGGCCGUGUGAUCUACUCUUAUUUCUUACCAGGGAGAAAAACAAAGCGUGUUGACUCUUGAGGAGCAAGUGUAAGCCUGUGGUGUGGAGGAGCCAAGCCAAGCCAGGGCCAGCCGGCCCGGCGCAGGUGGCGGCCAUGUGGCGGUGGUGCCGGGAGUCCAAAGUUAGAGUGUGGCACUUUUGUAAGCUGAUCCUUGGAAGACAACAGACUACAAUUAGACAAUUGUUGUGCUGCACAUAGUCAAUAAUUCUUAUUCCUGCCUCAAAAUUCCUACUGUUAUGUGUUUCUUUAUUUCUCCAAACUGCCUCAGUGUGACACAGAGCGUGUGCACGGGACAACAUGUAUUAUAAUCAAAAUGUCAAGUAAAGUCUAGUAAUUUUA